CUGGGUUAGUAGAUCAGUCACCGGACAAGUUUACACUUGAACAGAUCAUUAUUGUGAUUAGUGCAACGAAUUAAGUAAUGCUGUGCGGCUAAAUCUGGAAGUGUGUGCCAUAGAGUUCAACUUAGUGAUUGUUUGCGUGCGAAAAAUAGAAAAAAGGAAUAAAGCAGCGAUGAGUCCACCAAACUCGACAGCGGAGACCAAAACAAAUGGACAUGUGAACAACCACAAUGACCACCACGAAGAUCUGAAAAUAGCAAUCAUCGGCCAGAGCAACUUCGCGGCCGAGGUGCUCGAGGUGCUUCUGGAGCAUCAACACAUUGUGGUGGCCGUGUUCACAAUCGCAGACAAGGGCUCCCGGGAGGAUGUUUUGGCAACGACGGCACGAACCAACAACAUUCCGGUGUUCAAGAUUUCCGCUUGGCGAAGGAAAGGCGUCCCCAUUGCGGAAGUGUUGGACAAGUACAGGUCGGUUGGGGCGAACCUGAAUGUGCUUCCGUUCUGCAGCCAGUUCAUUCCGAUGGAAGUUAUCGAUGGAGCCAAGUUCGGGAGCAUCUGCUACCACCCGUCAAUUCUACCGCGGCACAGAGGCGCCAGUGCCAUCUCGUGGACGUUGAUCGAGGGCGAUGAGGUGGCAGGAUUUUCGAUCUUCUGGGCAGACGAUGGUCUGGACACAGGGCCAGUUUUGCUGCAGAAGCAGUGUCCCGUGUACGGGGAUGACACAUUGGACACGCUGUACAAGAGGUUUCUCUUUCCGGAGGGUGUGAUUGCUAUGGUGGAGGCGGUGGACCAAAUAGCGGAAGGGGUGGCUCCGAAGAUUCCCCAAACAGAGAUCGGUGCCACCUAUGAUCCCGCCCUGUUUCGUGAGGAGAAUCAGUACAUCAAUUUGGACCAGUCGGCUGAGAGAAUAUUCAAUUUCAUCAGAGGCUUGGAUUCGGUUCCGGGAGCAGUGGCGGUUGUUUUGGAAAAUGACGGGAGCGAAUGCUUGGUUCGUCUGCAUGGGGCGUCUCUGUGUGGCCCGGUAUGUUUGGAGGAUGCAAAGCCUAUUCGUUUUAAAGGAGCCACCGGAAGUGCUUUCGUGGAUGGAGAUGGUGUACUGAUUGUCGGUAAUGACGGUCACUUGGUUAGGGUGAAGCGUCUGAAGAUAGGAAGCAAGAUGAUUCAAGCUAGCGAAUGGUUUGUGCAAGGUAGGCAGAAGACAGUGCCACUAGAGUUGACCGAAAAAGAGCUCGAAAUUGAAGGUACUCUGAAGGGCAUAUGGAAAUCGAUUCUAAAGGUGGAGAUUGGAGCGGAUACUGACUUCUUUACUUGUGGAGCAGGUUCAAUGGAUGUGGUUCGCUUGGUUGAAGAAGUUAAGGACGCACUAGAGAUACCACUAGAGAACGAAAAUGUUUUUAUGGCUCCCAGUUUUGUCGAGUUUUCGAAUGAAGUCAUCAGCAGAACACGAAGUGGAGCUUGCGAAUCAAUUGCUGGUCCGGAAUUUCAGGCCAUCGUGCUGCGAGAAAACAAGAAAGUGAUAAGCGUACCAACACAGAUGUUUGUGAAUGGAAAAUUCUUAAACGCUGAGAAUAACAAAACAUUGGAUAUCGUGAAUCCCACGACGGAGCAGAUCAUUUGCAAAGUGGCAGCCGCAUCGAAAUCGGAUGUGGAUUAUGCGAUCAAGUGUGCCCAUAGGACAUUCAAAGGAACUUGGAGUCGAGUUUCCGCAAGAGAACGAGGCCAACUGAUGUACAAAUUAGCUGAUCUGAUGGAACAACACAAAGAGGAAUUAGCGACCAUCGAAUCUGUUGAUUCGGGUGCGGUUUAUACCCUUGCGUUGAAAACCCACGUUGGAAUGUCGAUUGACGCAUGGCGCUAUUAUGCAGGGUGGACCGAUAAAAUCGAGGGGUCGACAAUUCCCGUGAAUCCAGCGAAGCCUAAUCACGUACUGACAUUCACCAAAAGAGAACCAAUAGGUGUUUGUGGGCUGAUUACUCCGUGGAACUAUCCAUUGAUGAUGUUGUCCUGGAAAAUGGCCGCUUGUAUUGCCGCUGGGAACACCGUUGUUAUCAAGCCAGCACAGGUUUGUCCUCUGACGGCACUCAAGUUCGCAGAGCUGACAGUGAAAGCGGGAUUCCCACCGGGAGUUAUCAAUGUGAUUACCGGGAGUGGUUCCGUCACAGGUCAGGCAAUAUCCGAACAUCCGCUGGUGAGAAAACUCGGAUUCACCGGGUCGACACCGAUUGGGAAGAAAAUAAUGGCAACAUGUGCGGAAUCGAAUAUUAAAAAAUGCUCGAUGGAACUGGGAGGUAAGAGUCCUCUGAUCAUAUUUGCUGACUGUGAUUUGGACAAGGCUGUCCGCAUGGGUAUGUCAUCUGUAUUCUUCAAUAAGGGUGAAAACUGUAUAGCCGCUGGUCGAUUGUUUGUGGAGGAUAAAAUUCAUGAUCAAUUCUUACGGAAGGUCGUUAAAAAUACUAAAACGAUUGCCAUCGGGGAUCCACUCAAUAGGGGGACUGCACAUGGGCCACAGAACCAUAAAGCCCAUCUGGAUAAGCUGGUGGAGUUCUGUGAAAUCGGAGUGAAAGAAGGUGCGACAUUGGUUGUUGGUGGCAAACGAGUACCAAACCGGAAAGGCUAUUUCUUCGAACCGACAGUGUUUACCGAUGUGCAGGAUCACAUGUUCAUCGCCAAAGAAGAGUCUUUCGGACCGAUCAUGAUCAUAUCCAAGUUCCACAGUAGCGAUUUGGACGCGUUGGUGCAGCGGGCAAAUAACACCGAAUAUGGUUUGGCUAGUGGGGUGUUUACGAAGGACAUUAGGAGAGCUCUGCUGUUUGCCGAAAAGGUGGAGGCAGGGACAGUAUUCGUGAACACCUACAACAAGACUGAUGUAGCUGCGCCCUUCGGUGGUUUCAAGCAGAGCGGAUUCGGCAAAGAUCUAGGUAAAGAGGCCCUCAACGAAUAUCUCAAAACCAAAUGUGUUACCAUAGAGUACUGAGGACCGCGUUUCAGCCCUAAAUAGUAUUGUUCAGAAAUGUUUGCAUUUAUUAAAUAAUGUCGCUCUCUACAGUUAAUGUAAGCAUAAUUAUAAAUCAUUUUCAAUAUCGUUA